AUGACAGAAUCACCGCUUACGAUUCCUAUUUAUGAUGGAUCUUUAGUAUCAGUACGUAGUACAGGUUCAUCAAUGACCAAAGCACAAUUAACAACAGGUUUAGCUCGAAGAAAAGCUGAACCAGAACCAAAAUGGAAAAGUGGUGAAUUACCAUCAAAAUAUCAAUGUCCAUCAUGUUCGAAUUAUUUACGUUUUCCUGUUCAAUUCGAAGAUUGUGGACAUUAUGUAUGUUCAAGUUGUUUACCAGAUAUUAUGCGUGUUGCAUCACGUUGUCCAACAUGUCAAGUACCGAUAUCAAAAGAUAAACUUGUGAAUGAUAAAACUUUACAAAAAGAUAUACAAAGUUUAGAAGUUUAUUGUACGAAUAAAGAUAAAGGAUGUGAUUGGGAUGGAACAUUACGAGAUUUUCCAGUACAUUUUGAAACAUGUGGAUUUAUAUCCGUUGAUUGUUUAAAUGGAUGUGGUGCAAAAUUUGAAAAACGUUUUAUGAAUAAACAUCAAAAGGAUGAUUGUCCAAAGCGAACAGUUUCUUGUGAAUUUUGUAAAACAAGUAUUAUAUUCGAAGAUGAAAUUCCUCAUUUGAAUGUUUGUACGGAAUUUAAAAUUCCUUGUCCAAAUCAAUGUUCAACAGAAGAAUAUCCACGAGGAAAAAUGCAAGAUCAUUUAGAAAAUGAUUGUACUAAACAAGAAAGUCGUUGUCCAUUUAAUGAAUGUGGAUGUGAAUAUCGUGGUCAUCGACCUGAUAUUGAAAAACAUAUGAAAGAAGCGCCUGGUAUUCAUUUAAAUAUGGCUGGUAAAACAAUUGCAUUACAAAAGAAACUUUUACAAUUAUAUGAAGAACGUUCAAAUGAACAAAAAAAUUGGAUUGAAAUCUUAGCACGAAAAGUAAAUGGAUUAGAAAAAAAUUAUGGAGCUCAAUAUAUAUGGAAAAUUGAUCAUUAUUCAGAGAGACUUCAAGAAGCUCGUUCAAACAAAAAAACAACGUUAUUUAGCCCACCGUUUUCUACUAGUCGUCAUGGUUAUCGUCUUGCAUUGUCAAUCUGUCUAUGUGGAGAUGGAAAAGCUAAAGGAAAAAAUGUUUCAUUAUUUAUUUGUAUUUGUCGAGGAGAUUAUGAUUCGUUAUUAACUUGGCCAUUUUCACAUCGUGUUACAUUUACAUUACUUGAUCAAUGUGAAGAUCCGGAUAAUCGUCGUCAUAUAACAUACGCUGUUAAACCAAAUGUAUGUAAAGAAAAUCGACCAUUUUUAGGUCGACCAAUAACAGAUCGGAAUGCUAGUUUUGGAGCACAAAAAUUUACAGAUUUAGAUGCAAUGUCAACACUUGAAUAUAUUAAAGAUGAUACAAUAUAUAUUAAAGUUGAAAUUGAUAAUGAAGAAAUGGUACCUAUUUAA